CCAUCCGUCCACCCGAUGGCUUUAGGGUUUCUCCAAGCCAUAACAGGGCCCGAGGAGCCGCCCUUAUAAACCCUUCCCCUUCUCUCACCACUGCCACCCUCUCGCCCGCCAGGAGAAGCCGCCGCCGUGUCCACAGCCACCGCAGGCGAGCGCGAUGGGUGGGUUUGUCAAGACCCAGAAGACACAUGCGUACUUCAAGCGUUUCCAAGUGAAGUUCAAGAGACGGAGGGCCGGAAAGACGGACUACAGGGCCAGAAUUCGGCUCAUUAACCAAGACAAAAACAAGUACAACACCCCAAAAUACAGAUUUGUUGUGCGAUUUACCAACAAGGACAUCACUGCACAAAUCAUAUCUGCUACCAUUACGGGUGAUAUGGUGCUUGCUGCUGCCUAUUCCCAUGAGCUGCCUCGAUAUGGUCUUGAAGUUGGUCUAACCAACUAUGCUGCAGCCUACUGCACGGGUCUUCUUUUGGCUCGUCGUGUGCUCAAGCUCCGUGAUUUGGAUCAGGAGUAUGAGGGCAAUGUUGAGGCCACUGGUGAAGACUUCUCUGUUGAGCCAGCUGAUGAGAGGAGGCCUUUCCGUGCUCUCUUGGAUGUUGGCCUUAUUAGGACUACCACUGGAAACCGUGUAUUUGGUGCCCUUAAGGGAGCUCUGGAUGGUGGUUUGGACAUUCCUCAUGGUGAGAAGAGGUUUGCUGGUUUCAAGAAGGAUGAGAAGCAGCUGGAUGCUGAGAUUCACCGCAAGUACAUCUAUGGUGGCCAUGUUGCUGACUACAUGAGGACGCUAGCUGAUGAGGAACCAGAAAAGUAUCAAUCUCACUUCAGUGAGUACAUCAAGAAGGGAAUUGAGGCUGAUGACAUGGAAGCUCUGUACAAGAAGGUUCACGCUGCCAUUCGUGCUGAUCCUAUCAUGGCCAAGUUAGCCAAAGAAGCACCGAAGGAGCACAAGAGGUACAACCUCAAGAAGCUGACCUACGAUCAGAGGAAGGCCAGGCUCGUUGAAAGGCUCAAUGCUCUCAACAACUCUGGUGGCGCUGAUGACGAUGAUGAGGAUGAUGAGUGAAGUGUAGUCCACCAUAGUAGUGCUAUCGUAUGAAGGGAACUUGUUCUAUGGUAGUUAUCCUUACCUGUAGUCUUGCAACAGGCAUUUUUGUUUAAGUUUGGACCUGUUUGUCUUGAGUUUCAAGCUGGAGUUCUGGAUUAUUAUCUUAAUUAUAAGAUGUGCUACCUUUUGGACA